AAAAAAGCAAUGUGAAUGCGUGCUUUUAAUGCCCCCGUGUGGCCACUUUUCCGAUAUUCAGCUACCGUGCCGCUGUCGAACUUCUGCGUAAAUCAACAUCCGAUCCACAGACGCAAACCGACAUCGUCCGGAAGACGAACGACUCGCAAUAUGGCGACUCCGGUGCUCGGCUACACUGAGAUGAUGGUAAGCAGCCAACCGACCCGCCCGUGCCGCCCCGCCCCCACUUACUCGGAGUCCGGCACGGCCGGGGCAACGUCUCCGUUUGUCGAUCUCUGACCCGUGCCUUGGUCGUAACCGUCGCAUUCGCCAUGCUACCCUAUAUCGCUUUAAGAUUCGUUAGCUGACACGAUAACGUUUGCCUGGCAGAUACUCAUCUGGGUGAUGUGGGGAGCCGCCUUUGGGAUGACCGUCUUUCGUGGCACCUUCCAAUGGAUCCUCCAGCGGCGCCUCUUCGCCGACGACUACUUCAUCAUCGCGGGACUCGUCACUCUGACGGCCUUGACCGCAGUCAUUACUUGCAUGCUGCCGCAGUUCUAUCUCGCCGGCGAGUAUACAAAGGCGGCUGCUAAGGAUCCUCUGGCACCGGUGCCUUUGGGGCCUGAGGAGUUUAUUGCCAGGACGAUUGCAUCUCUCAAGUUGAUGUUCUGUCAGAUGCUGCUGUUCUGGACGACCCUGUGGGCCGCAAAGUUCUCUAUUCUCUUCUUCGUACGCAGGCUUGUCACCGGACUGCCUAAAUACAUUCGCGCCUGGUGGAUGUGCUUCGGUGCGGUCUUGGUGCUGUAUCUAGCUUGCAUGCUUUCGAACUUCCUGACAUGCACACCGUUGACAAAGUAUUGGAGUGCGACCGGGUGCAGUGCGCCGGAAGACCUGGUACGAGCAGAUGCUUCUAUCAAGUUCGCGACGAGCGCAGAUGUUGCGGCAGAUAUUCUCAUCAUGAUCCUGCCCCUCAACCUCCUCCGCAAGCUGAGCACCUCCCCAUCCCACAAGUUCGGCCUAGCCAUCCUCUUCUCCCUCGGCGGCAUUAUCGUAGCCUUUGCCAUCGCGCGGCUCGCGCAAGUAACAAAAGCCACAGGCGACGCAGCCAAGGAUCCAACAACAAUAGCCAACGGGCCAGUGCUCCUGAGCAUGUGGAGCCACAUCGAGUCGUCCGUCAGCAUCAUCGUCGCCACGCUUCCCGCCUUCCGCUUCCUCCUCAGCAAGAACAGGAACGCGACGAGGAAGACGACGGCAAAGUACGUGGGUCCCACGAUUGGAGGCUCGGGCGGCAUGUCGCUGCGGUCGAGGAAGUGGCAGAAGGGCGGGGUGCGGUUGGAAGGCGAGAGCGACGGCCGUGGCUCAUCGGCGCAGGACAGCGAGACCGAGCUGCGGCCGGUGAGAGGGAUACAGAAAGACUUCGAGUACAAGGUUGAGCAGUUGUCCGCGGACCCUUCUGCGGGGGAAACGAGGCGAAAGACUCAGGAGUUGUUUGCGUGACGAGGAAUUGAGGUGCACUGGAAAAGAGAACCCAAAGGGCCAACUCAUGCAACUUGAGGGAACAACGAACGUGGGCGAGAGGCAAGAAUUCCUGGUUUAAGCGUGUCCGAAUAAGGCACAUUCGGACCUUCCUUGAUCAAUUCGUCGAUCCUGCCUUCCUAUUGCCGAUGUUCUUGGCAUCCCUUCUACGCCUGCCAUGCAUGUCUGUCGCAUUGAUACAUCCGCCUCUUAAGUGCCUUACACGACGUCUUACAACCGCGAGAGAGAGCACGCCGGUUGUGUGUUCCAUAUCUAGUGCUUAGGUACUUACUUAGCAACUUCUUCUUGCGAAGAAUGACAGGUGCCUCUCCCAAGUGGAGAGGGGCUCGAUUAGCCAGUCUCUAGCCUCCAUUCACCAUGGAAUACGAA